CCCGGGCACCCCAGGCAGUAUGAGUACAAUGUCUACUACUGGCAUGUGAUUGCUGCCAAAAUGGCUUUUAUAAUUGUUGUGGAGCACAUUGUUUACCUAACAAAGUUCAUCCUAUCCUACGUGAUCCCAGACGUCCCCUACGCCGUCAAAGAACAAAUAAAACGAGAGAAGUACUUGACCCAGGUUAUCCUCCACGAGACCAACCUCAAACUGGUGACCAAACGGUUGAAACCAGUUGACGACGGGACUGUUACGAGCACAGCGGCGAAAGCGACACAGGAGGAGCUGGAACUUGAUUUCUGUAAGUGAAAUCCAAGGAGGAAAUAUAGGAUGUUCAUCCCUGAUACUGUAAAUACAUGACUACCCAGAUUUUCUGCAGCAUUUACACACUUCUCUUUAAAUACUGACUUUUGUAUGAACCAGUGACAAAUUCAAGACCUGAAACAAGCUGUGGACUUUUGUUAUGGAAAAUGUGUAGCAGCCAGUAAGAAAGAGGACGUGUCUGCUGGGCUGUUGGACAAAGAAAGGAGAAACCACUGUUGUAUAGUCUUCACUCGCCUCCUGUCCUCACACUCUGGACCCCCGUCAGGCUUGUGAAAGGAAAAAGGACAGUGCAUCUGUCCUCUAUCACCUCUCUUUGAGUGCCUGUUAUAUAAGAAAAAGACUUUCACUUCAGGCUGAACGAUGCACGGCACUGAGUGUCCCUGAUUAGGAUUAGGGGUUAAAUUAGGGUUUCAUACAUGAAUAACAUUGAUAAAAAGGCUGUAGGAUGAUGGGAAAUGGUGUGUUGGACUUCACUGCAUUGUCUAUUGACCUUUGCAAACCUAAUAUAUUUAAUAAUAAUAACUCCCGCUUUUCAUUCCCCAUUUAUGGACAUAUUUUUUUAGUUUUUUUGUUUGUUUGUUUGUUUUCCUAAAAAGUCUUGAAUUUAUGUAUUUUGUUAUUGAUUCUGAACACCCAGAUGUAGGUAUACAUGGAAAUACAUAAUACUUAGUGGCUCUGAUGAUCCAUCACAGAGAAUUUAGCAGAAAUUAUCAAAAACAAUUCCCAGGAUGCAUUGCUGUGUGUCUGGUUGGGUUUUUUGUGUAUAAAUUUUGUUCUGAAGGUUGUAGGGACUUUAAAAUAAUUCCUGUUAACUCUUUUAUGGAGCCUCUGUAACCCCCAGACUUGUUAACUUUUGCCCAAAUGCCUUCUUUUUUUACAGAUAAAUGCAAAAAAAGCAGUUUUUCACUUAAGGAAGCUUUCUUGGAGGUCGCAGAGACUUGAAACCAAGACAGUUCAGAUUCCACUCCUUAUUCCACAUCCAACGCUGCCAACCAGAACGUACUGCAACCACCAGAAGUGGCAGUAAUUGAUAUCUGGAGAUGUAUGGGUUAGAGUUAGGAUUAGAGUUUAAUGCUUUUUGGUCAAAUCUGAAUCCAGUGUUGAAUUUUAAUCUAAUUAGAUUAAAACAGUUUUAAACAAAACGUUAUGACUUCAAAUUUAAGCACAACAGCUCAGACGGGAUGGUGCACAUUAAGCUAAAUGACUUACUGGGUAUUUUUUGCAUACAUUUUUGCAACCUGGUUUGUUACACUAAAGAGAAGAUGUCCAAGUAGUGCCUCAUGCUUUGAAGCUACACACAAAAUUCACCAACCGUUUGGUGGAUUAAGUGUCAAAUACAACAAAGCGAAACAAUUCCAGCCCAACAGGCUCUUACAGGUUGUUUUCCAGGACUUUCAGCUGUA